UUGGACCUCUGGAAUGACCGGAUUAUCCCCAGCCCAGCAGAGCAUGUGGAAACUGAAGAAGUAAUUAUUUUGUUAACAUAGAGUAUUUAGACACCCAUUGCUUUGGUGCCUAAGUAUUUCGUGAAGUAGGAGAGUCUAAGGCUUUUGUGUUGCUUGUGCUUUGUGUUUCCUCACCCUUAUGGCAGUGCUUAAAUAUACAACUCUUGACACAGGAUUAACUGUUUUACAAGCUGAACCUCUGUACUUCGUGUUGCCGUGGCUUAUGUUACUUGGUACUUCAAGGUACCCAUGGCAUAUGGAUAAAUCAAGAAAGCCAUAGUGUUUCUGGGAUAAGUCUUUGUUACAUGUUUCCAUUGUAUUUCAGCAAUAUCCCUAUUCCUAUUGCCUUCCCUUAUCUUCCUACAGUCCUCACCUUCUCCCAAAUAUCUCACAAAGGUGAUGUCUCCAGAAUAUGCUCAAAUGAAGCAGUAUACAUUUUACCAAAGAAGAGAGAUCACAGAAUGGUAGGGAUUGGAAAGGACCUCUGGAGAUCAUCAAGUCAAACCCUUUCCUAAAGCAUGUUCCCUACAACAGUAAGUUACACAGGAAAGUGUCCAGAUGGAUCUUGAAUGUCUACAAGGAAGGAGACUCCACAGUUCCUCUGGCAGUUUGUUUCAGUGCUCUGUCACCCACACAGCAGAAGUUUUUGUUCACUUUCAGAUUGGGAUCUCCCAUGAUCCAGUUUCUACCCAUUGCCUCUUGCCCCAUCGCUGAACGCCACUGAAAAGAGCCUGGCUUUGUCCACUUGACUUUCACUCAUUAGACAUCUAUAUACAUUUAUGAAAUUCCCUGUCAUCUCUCACAAAGCCUUGGUGGAGUUGAGGCAGAACAAACCAUUCUACCUUGAGUUCACAGAGUAGCUGUAUCUCACCUUGCAUUUGUGUCUAGAUUUUCCACCAACAUCAGUACUAUCAGAGUGUUGAGCAGAAACACAGUUUUCUUUCUCUGGAGGCUUUUAAUCUUUUGAAAGUAAAGCAGACGGUGCUUUUUCAUCUUCCAAGAUGUGUUAGAGUGGGACAUAGAUGCAGAAGCCAUUGUUUUCUGAAUGUAAUUUUGAAUGUGUGAUUGUUUAGAAGUAAUUUGCUUUUUCUGUAGUGUACAAGUUCUGGUCUUUGAACAAAACAGACUUCUGUCUAGUGUAAUGGAAAAGCCAAGGGAACAAAGUCCAUUGAAUCAACAGUUAUUUGUCAGAAACUUGACUGUAGUGUUUAGUCAGCAACUUGUGAGCUACUUAGGUAGGACUUCAUGUGAAUCCUGAUUCCUUUUCUCGUAAAUUUUCUCAUGUAAAAGAUCAUUCUUGAAUCAUGGAGGUGCUGCAGUGUGAUGGCUGUGAUUUUCGAGCUCCAUCUUAUGAAGACCUAAAAGCUCACAUCCAGGAUGUUCACACUGCUUUUCUGCAGCCAACUGAUGUCUCUGAGGAAAGUCCUAGCCAGCCAAGGUCUGGUUCCAUGAAUGCUAGCAACCAGACUGAAGUUGAAUUUUCUUCUGUAAAGGAUGAAUUUACAAUUGCAGAUGAAAUAGCAGGGCAAAAUGCAACAAGUCAGAUGGGAACUGGAAGUUACUAUAGCCAGAGCCAGACUUUCUAUGGUCAGCAUAUGGCUCCAAAUCCUAAACCAACCAACAAAUUUUUCCAGUGCAAGUUCUGUGUGCGUUACUUCCGUUCCAAAAACCUCCUUAUAGAGCAUACACGCAAGGUUCAUGGAGCACAGGCUGGGGGGAGCUCAGUGGGGCCACCCUCCUCUAGUUCCUUAAAUUACAACAUCAUGAUGCAUGAAGGGUUUGGCAAAGUUUUCAGUUGCCAGUUCUGCACCUACAAGUCACCCAGGCGUGCAAGGAUUAUUAAGCACCAGAAAAUGUAUCACAAAAACAACCUGAAAGAGAGUUCAACUCCCCCUGCAGCUUCCACUGCUAUAUCUGAAUCGACAUCUGCUUCUGUGCCAGUGCAGGAACCCUGCAAGGAGCUGCCUGCAGAGGUGGUGGAGCGGAGCAUUUUGGAGUCCAUGGUCAAGCCCCUGACAAAGUCUAGGGGCAACUUUUGCUGUGAAUGGUGCAGCUACCAGACACCUCGAAGGGAGCGCUGGUGUGACCACAUGAUGAAGAAGCACCGCAGCAUGGUGAAAAUACUGUCAAGCCUGAGGCAGCAACAAGAAGGAACCAGUGCACCUGAUGUACAGAAUAAGAGUGCCCAGAAUGCCUCCCCAAACUCUAAUUAUAUUUCCAUGAACACAACGGGACGUGAGAUGUCUAAUGCUAAUGUCUCAAACUUCAGGAGCUCUAUGGGCAAUUCCCUUAUCAGGCCCAACUCUUCUACAUCUUCCAAGUUUUCUUCUGUGUCUUACCCUCAAAUGAAGCCUAAGUCACCUCACAACUCGAGCAUAGUUAAUUUGUCUGACAGAUCCCGCUAUGGAAUUGCUGAUAUGACAAAUUCUUCUGCUGACCUGGAAACAAACAGUAUGCUAAAUGACUCCAGCUCAGAUGAAGAGCUAAAUGAAAUGGACAGCGAGAAUGGCUUGAACUCCAUGGAUCACCAGACCACAGGAAUGUCCGCAGAGCAGCUGAUGGGAUCCGAUGGCAACAAACUAUUGGAGACAAAGGGAAUUCCCUUUAGAAGGUAUAUGAACAGGUUCCAGUGCCCUUUUUGCCCUUUCCUGACGAUGCACCGCAGAAGCAUUUCCCGUCACAUUGAGAACAUCCACCUGUCAGGGAAGACGGCUGUAUACAAGUGUGAUGAAUGCCCUUUUACUUGUAAGAGUUCAUUAAAACUUGGUGCCCACAAGCAAUGCCAUACAGGUGCAACAUCAGACUGGGACACUGUGAAUUCUCAGGCUGAAAGCAUUGCCUCUUCUUUGAACGACAGCACAGUGUCAUACGAGAGUGGAAAUGUAAAUGGUAGGAAGUCUGCUGGGAUGAUGGAACCAGUGCAGCAGCAGCAACAGCAACAACAGCAAUCACCCCAGCCCCACUCACAGCAUCCAUACAAGUGUACAAUGUGCAACUAUUCCACCACAACUUUAAAAGGCCUGAGAGUUCAUCAGCAGCACAAGCACUCAUUCUGUGACAACUUGCCAAAAUACGAUGGACCACCAUCCAACGCACCGCAAGAGAGUGAGGCAGAUGCUCAUGCAUCUGCCAGCACAGUGAAAAAGAGCCAGACCUCAAUCCUUGGGCUCUCAUCUAAAAAUAAUUUUGUUGCAAAGGCCCCUCGGAAGGUGUCAAACGAUUUCCCUUUAGAUCUCUCGCCAGUGAAAAAGAGAACUAGAAUUGAUGAAAUAGCGAGUAAUCUGCAGAGCAAAAUCAGCCAAAAUAAACAGCAAGAAGAUGCUGUGAUUAAUGUAGAGGAUGAUGAGGAAGAGGAGGAAGACAAUGAGGUGGAGAUAGAAGUAGAGUUAGACAGAGAAGAAGAGCAAACAGAACCAAUGAUAGAAGUUUCCAGUUCUUAUGCUCCACAGCAAAUGUGGGGAAGAGAGGCUAAUGAUUCCCAGAAGGAGACAAACUUCAGAAGCUUGCAGCAUGAUUACAAUUCUGCUAAUGGAGCAGAGAUUGAGCUCACUCUAUCAGAAGAUGAGGAGGAUUAUUAUUCUUCCGUCAGCAUGAAGGAACAUCAGAGUCCUAAUGCCUCUGUUCUGGGGGGCCAGUCAAACAUGUAUGGUACUGAUCAGAACAACGAGAAUGCAGAGUUCAAUGACUCUGGCAGGCUUUACUAUUGUAAACACUGUGAUUUCAGCAACAAAUCUGCCCGGAGUGUUAGCACCCACUACCAGCGAAUGCAUCCUUAUAUUAAAUUCAGCUUUAGGUAUAUUUUGGAUCCCAAUGAUCAUAGUGCAGUAUACCGAUGUCUUGAGUGCUACAUUGACUACACAAACUUUGAAGACUUGCAGCAGCAUUAUGGAGAGCAUCACCCUGAAGCUAUGAAUGUACUGAACUUUGAUCAUUCUGAUUUGAUCUAUCGCUGUCGCUUCUGCUCUUACACAAGCCCAAAUGUUAGAAGCCUGAUGCCACAUUACCAAAGAAUGCAUCCCACAGUGAAAAUUAACAAUGCAAUGAUAUUUUCAAGUUAUGUUGUUGAGCAGCAAGAAGGACUAAAUACAGAGUCUCAAACACUAAGAGAGAUCUUGAAUUCUGCUCCAAAAACUAUGGCAACUUCUACCCCCGUGGCUCGCGGGGCUGGUGUGCCAGCUGGCUUUAACAAAAGUGCUGCCAAGAGUUUUAGCCCUGAAUGUGAAAAUCAAAAGGAACCUUCCGUCAAUAGUGUGGUUGUUUAUGACUGCGAUGUGUGUUCAUUUGCAAGCCCUAAUAUGCAUUCAGUUUUGGUUCAUUACCAGAAGAAGCACCCCGAAGAAAAAGCAUCGUAUUUCAGAAUUCAGAAGACAAUGCGUGUAGUCUCUGUUGAUAGGGGCUCUGCUCUGGCCCAGAUGUCUUUUGAGAUGGGAACACCCGUCUCCCCAAAAUUGUCCAACUUGGCUUCUCCACCUCCCCCACCACCACCCCCAGACCUUGCUACUGAACUUUACUAUUGCAAACACUGUUCAUACAGCAACCGCUCAGUUGUGGGAGUGCUUGUCCACUACCAGAAAAGGCACCCAGAGAUAAAGGUCACUGCCAAAUAUAUCAGACAGGCACCUCCCACUGCAGCAAUGAUGAGGGCUGGUGAGCUGCCACCCGGUAUACAGAGGCCACCAGUGUCAAUGCAACAGUUGAGCCGAGGUGGUUCUGAAACCUCUGUGAAUCCUCCUGAGAAUGAAAUGUUUUUCUGCCAACACUGUGAUUAUGGAAACCGAACCGUGAAAGGAGUGCUUAUUCAUUAUCAAAAGAAGCAUCGUGACUUCAAAGCUAAUGCAGAUGUGAUUAGACAGCAUACAGCCACCAUUAGAAGCCUUUGUGAUCGCAGCCAGAAGAAAUCAUCUGGCAGCGUGUCUGCUCAUACCUCUAGCACUGAACGGGACAAGUCCAAGCUGAGAGCCCUCAAGUGCAGGCAGUGCAGCUAUACAUCACCUUACUUCUAUGCAUUGAGGAAGCAUAUUAAGAAAGAUCACCCAAAUCUGAAGGCCACGGUUACAUCUAUUCUGAGAUGGGCAUUUUUGGAUGGCUUGAUAGAGGCUGGUUAUCACUGUGAGUGGUGCAUUUAUUCACACACAGAGCCAAGUGGUUUGCUUGUGCAUUACCAAAGGAGACAUCCUGAGCAUUAUGUUGACUAUACUUACAUGGCCACUAAACUCUGGGCAGGUCCCGAUCCCUCCCCUCCUGCCCUAGUGUUGCCAGCAGAAGCAAAGACCUAUAAAUGCAGAGACUGCAUUUUUGAAGCAUCUUCCAUUUGGGAUAUUACUAAUCACUACCAAGCUUUUCACCCUUGGGCUAUGAAUGGGGAUGAAUCUGUGCUGCUAGAUAUCAUCAAGGAGAAAGAUGCUGCUGAGAAAUCUGGCACACAGUCUGAUGAAGCUGGGGUCAGGAUGGAUUCUGAAGACCAGAUAACAACCUCACAGAUGGACCAGGAAGCAGAGUGUGCAGAGGAUCCCAGCCUUUCCCAGGAAAAAACUGUGCAGCUGGCUUCUGCAAACCCCGCCAUCUCCUCUACUCCUUAUCAGUGUACAGUUUGCCAGUCUGAAUACAACAACUUGCACGGACUUCUGACACAUUAUGGCAAAAAACAUCCUGGCAUGAAAGUGAAAGCUGCAGACUUUGCUCAGGAUAUAGACAUUAACCCAGGGGCCGUGUACAAGUGUAGACACUGCCCAUACAUCAACACACGCAUUCAUGGCGUUCUCACACACUACCAGAAGCGGCACCCAUCAAUAAAGGUCACUGCUGAAGAUUUUGUGCAUGAUGUGGAGCAGUCAACUGAUAUUACUCAGAAUGAUGUGGAAGAGACGAGUAGGAUUUUUAAGCAAGGCUAUGGUGCUUAUCGAUGCAAACUGUGCCCUUACACUCAUGGAACACUGGAGAAGCUCAAAAUUCACUAUGAGAAAUAUCACAAUCAGCCUGAAUUUGAUGUUUUUGCCCAGUCACCACCAAAAGUAUCUGCUUCCCUGGAGCCAGACAUGGUGACUGAAAUCAAGGCCUCUCCAGAAAUUGCUGCUGAGGAUGUUGGAGAAAUCUCUGUUGCAGCGCCUCAUUUCUCCAGUUCUCAUUUAGUGUCUCACACAGUUUUCCGGUGUCAGCUCUGCAAAUAUUUUUGCUCUACCCGGAAGGGGAUAGCCAGGCACUACCGCAUCAAACAUAACAAUGUCCGGGCACAGCCAGAGGGCAAGAACAACCUCUUCAAAUGUGCUUUGUGUUCCUACACCAACCCUAUUCGCAAAGGGCUUGCGGCACACUACCAGAAAAGACAUGACAUUGAUGCUUACUACACUCAUUGCUUAGCAGCCUCCAGGACAGUAAGCGACAAACCCAAUAAAGUGAUCAUUCCAUCUCCUCCCAAAGAUGACACUCCUCAGUUAAGUGAGGAACUGAGGAGAGCUGUAGAGAAGAAGAAAUGCUCGCUUUGUUCCUUCCAGUCCUUCAGCAAAAAGGGCAUUGUGUCCCACUACAUGAAGCGUCACCCUGGUGUUUUCCCGAAGAAGCAGCAUGCAAGCAAGCUUGGGGGUUACUUCACUGCCGUGUAUGCUGAUGAGCAUGAAAAGCUGACUCCAGCUGAGGAGAGGAAUGAGUUUGAGAAGCCUGAAGUGGAGAGUGAGACUCAGGAAAUUGAGUGGCUUCCCUUCAGGUGCAUAAAAUGUUUCAAGCUGUCCUUCAGCACAGCGGAGCUGCUGUGCAUGCAUUACACUGACCACCACAGCAAGGAUUUGAAGAGAGACUUUACCAUACUGGGAAGUGGCACCCGCUCUCAGAAUGCUGUCUACCAGUGCAAGCACUGCGAUAUGAAAUUGCAUAGCACAGCAGAGCUGACUGCACACUUGAAUGGUCACAAUGAGGAGUUCCAGAAACGUGCCAAACGUCAGGAGAGGAGGAAGCAGCUUCUAAGCAAGCAAAAAUACGCAGAUGGUGCUUUUGCAGAUUUCAAACAAGAGAGGGCUUUUGGACACCUGGAAGAUGUUUCAAAACUUAAAGAGCGGAAAGUGGUUGGUUACAAGUGUAAAUUUUGUGUGGAAGUCCAUCCAACACUUCGAGCCAUUUGUAAUCACCUCCGCAAACAUGUCCAGUAUGGGAAUGUCUCUUCUGUGUCAGCUACGGUAAAGGGUCUGCGAUCUCACGAGAGGAGUCACUUGGCUUUGGCCAUGUUUACCCGGGAAGACAAGUACAGCUGCCAGUAUUGCUCCUUUGUCUCUGCUUUCAGGCACAAUCUGGAUCGUCAUAUGCAGACCCAUCAUGGACACCAUAAACCGUUCCGUUGCAAAUUGUGCCCAUUCAAGUCCUCUUACAAUAGCCGCCUGAAAACCCAUAUACUCAAGGCUCAUGCUGGUGAACAUGCCUACAAAUGUUCCUCCUGCUCAUUUUCCACCAUGACAAUCAGCCAGCUGAAAGAGCAUUCCUUGAAAGUGCAUGGGAAAGCACUGACACUACCAAGACCCCGCAUUGUCAACCUUGCAGCCUCACACGCCCACCACACCUCCAAGAACCACACUCCUGCUGAAGAAGUGGAGGACUCUAAUGCUUGUGCCUAUUGCCUCUCAUCCUGUCACUGGACAUCACUGAAAAGAGCCCAGCUCCAACUUCCUUGCACCUUCCCUUCAGACUCUUCAUACUCGGAGCCUCCUGAUGUUCAACAGCAGUUGAACCACUACCAGUCUGCAGCGUUAGCCAGGAACAACAACGUCAGCCCAAUCCCACUUUCAGGGAGUGCUGCAGGAAUGGAAAAAACGGAAGCCAUCCUUAACUGUGAAUUUUGUGAAUUCUCCUCGGGUUACAUACAGAGCAUUCGGCGUCACUACCGUGACAAGCAUGGAGGGAAAAAACUUUUCAAGUGCAAAGAUUGUUCCUUUUAUACAGGCUUUAAAUCUGCUUUUACUAUGCACGUGGAAGCGGGGCAUUCUGCAGUUCCUGAGGAAGGACCCAAAGACCUUCGCUGUCCUCUUUGCCUAUAUCACACCAAAUACAAACGCAACAUGAUUGACCAUAUAGUUCUGCACAGAGAAGAGCGGGUCGUUCCCAUUGAAGUCUGCCGCUCCAAACUAUCAAAGUACUUGCAGGGAGUUGUUUUCCGCUGUGAUAAGUGUACCUUUACCUGCUCCAGUGAUGAGAGCUUGCAGCAGCACAUAGAGAAGCACAAUGAACUGAAACCUUACAAAUGCCAACUCUGCUACUAUGAGACCAAACACACAGAGGAACUGGAUGCUCACCUUCGAGAUGAGCACAAGGUGAGUCGUAAUUUUGAGCUGGUUGGACGGGUUAACUUGGAUCAGUUGGAACAAAUGAAGGGGAAAACAGAGAGCUCCAGCAGUGAUGAUGAAGAAAAAGAAGAAGAGUUAAGCCCCAAGACUGAAGAGAGAGAUUCCAUGAUGUUUCCUGACAAUGGUCCUCCAGAGAAACGCUUCCCAUGUGAGUUCUGUGGCCGAUCAUUUACAGAAGGCUCUGAGUGGGAGAGACAUGUGCUGAGACAUGGCAUGGCACUGAAUGAAAGCAAGCACGGGACAAGUGAGGACAGCCAGCCGAAGGAGGACAUGGAGGACACUGUUAGCACACUGCCAGAAGAAAAAGAAGACAUUGAGAAAAUGGUGCUGGACUAUUCUCACAACAGUGAAACCGUAGUCAGUGUGGUAACUCCUGACAAACCUCUCCAAGAGAUCUCGGAGGCCAAAAAUGAAUAAGCAUUUGGUGUGAUUUUAAUCAACGUACUUGAACAGUGAUGAAUGG